AUGAAAAAGAAAGCGAUGCGCUCAAAGCAUCAAGUUCUCGUCACAGCACCCAUCCCAAGCCACGUGCCCCCAGAAGCUGUCCUGGCACAUAUCCAAACCUUUACGCCUCUUCUAAAGCACAAUGCAGUAUUCACAAGCUUCUCCGAGAUUCCGCCCGACACGGCGCGCGUCCACAGCGAGCCUUUCUUCGGCCCGCCCAAUAGUAGCGUUAGAAGCUUCCUCUGCUUUCAACGGCUAGAGCUUGUUGCGGGUCUCACGCAGGAUGAGUACUGGCCCAUCACAUUUCUCAAAGUUCAUAACGGGAUUCGAGCGCGCGUUGACGCGAGAGCUAGCGUUACGGUAUGGAUAGAGUGUCUUGUUAGACAAGCCCCAGAUCCUGGAACGCCGAGUAGUAAUGGGACACUGGUAGAAGAGUGGGAGUUAUUUGAGGAGGUUGUUGUUGAGUCGCAUGGGUUACUUAUGCCAUUUGUUUCAAGAUAUACUGAGUUGGCGCAUCAGGGAAUUUGUCAGAGGAUUAUGGACGAUAUCAUUGAGAUGCGACUAACUGGGAAGGCGGAUUAG